AGACACUUGUAUGUUCUCUGCACAAAACCAUGGAUUUACAGCUCUACGCAGCUUCAUUCUUUGUGCUGCUUUUGACUCUUUUAUAUAUUCUGAAUAUUCUAAAGAAAUGGAAUGAAAGCAACACAAAUUUUCCUCCUGGACCCAGAAGUUUGCCACUGAUUGGGAAUUUACAUAUGUUGAAUUUUAAGAAACCUCAACUGACAUUUCUAGAGCUUGCAAAAGAAUAUGGCUCAGUGUUUACCUUUCACAUGGGCAUGAAAAAAAUGGUGGUCCUCACCGGAUAUGAGACUGUAAGAGAUGCACUUGUCAACAACGCUGAGGAGUUUGGGGAGAGGGCACAGGUCAAAAUAUUUCAGAGUAUGGACAAGGGAAUGGGGCUUCUAUUUUCUCAUGGUGAAAACUGGAAGACAAUGAGACGAUUUACAAUAAGCACCCUACGUGAUUUCGGCAUGGGAAAAAGUACAAUUGAAGAAAAAAUUACUGAUGAAUGUGUUUACAUGACAAAUAAGUUAGCUGAUUUUAAAGGAAAACCAGUUGACAACACCAUGAUCUUGAAUGCUGCGGUGGCAAAUAUUAUUGUAUCAAUUUUACUUGGACAUCGAAUGGAUUAUAAUGAUCCCCAAUUUCUGAGAUUAUUGAGUCUAGUUAAUGAGAAUGUUAGACUUGCGGGAACACCUAUGGUUUCGCUGUACAACAUCUUCCCAUUUCUUGGACUUUUCCCCGGAAGUCACAGAACCAUUGUGAAUAAUGUGAUGGAACAAUGUGAGUUUAUAACAAAGACAUUUGUAGAACAUUUAAAGAACUUGGACGAGAAUGACCAGAGAAGUUUCAUUGAUGCGUUCCUUGUAAGACAAAAAGAGGAGGCAGGAAACCCCCAAUCGUACUUCCACAACGGAAAUUUGACAAGAGUUGUCAGGAACUUAUUUUCUGCUGGAAUGGAGACAACAUCCACCACAUUGCGCUGGGGACUUCUACUGAUGAUAAAAUACCCAAAAAUCCAAGAAAAGGUCCAGUUGGAGAUUUCUCGAGUCUUAGGAUCUGCACAACCCAUGUACAGCCACCGAGGACAAAUGCCCUUCACAAAUGCAGUAAUACAUGAAAUCCAGAGGUUCUCUGACAUUGUUCCUCUGAAUUUGGCUCACGAAACAACCAAAGAUGUGACCUUUAAAGGAUAUUUUCUUCCAAAAGGAACCUAUAUCAUCCCAUUACUGUCAUCUGUACUGAGAGACCAGACGCAUUUUGAAAAACCUGAAGACUUUUACCCAAACCAUUUUCUUGAUGCUGAUGGAAAUUUCCUAAAGAAAGAGGCCUUUAUGCCAUUUUCUGCAGGUCGGAGAGCCUGUGCUGGAGAAACACUUGCAAAGAUGGAGCUCUUCAUCUUUUUUACAACCCUACUACAGAAAUUCACCUUCUACUUACCUCCAGGGGUGACUGAUGUGGACCUGUCAUCUGUUGUCGGAAUAACACAUGCUCCAAAAAAGCAAAUGAUGUGUGCAUUGCCUCGCUUUUGAAAGAAAGUAGAUUGUGUGUGGUAAUACAGAUGUUAAUAAAUACACUAAAAGCUUCAUAAUAUAAUGGAGGACUAUGCACGCCCAUUCAAUAGUUAAAAUUUCAUAAUUUUUUUUUUUAUCAUAGAUAAUUCUAGUUUUAUUAUUUACAUUAUUAUCAAAUCAUUAUACAUGUCAACUAGACAAUAUAUUUCAGGUUUUCAGUGACACUUAACCUAGAAAUGUAUGAUAAAAGGAAACAGAAUUUAACCAUAGUGUACCGGAUUUUGGCUAGGUUUCUGAAACAAAAGGUCAGAUUUACUUAUUCUGUAGAUAGUGUUAACCUAAAACUAAAUAUCCAUGUACAUUAAUGUAACAGAAUAUAAAAGCAUUCUCAAAGCAAAUGCAAAAUGUAUAAAUAAAUUAAUUUAAUACUGCAUUUUAUAUGCUAAAGAAAUAUGGGUUCUCAGCAAAUA